AUGCCUCAGGGUCAGAAGAGUAAGCUGCAUACCCGGGAGAGAUGUCGCCAGGCCAGAGGUGAGACUCAGGGCUCUGGGGAUGCUCAGGCCACUUCGGCACCAGCAGAAGAACCCUCUACCUCCUCCUCUUCUCUUUGUGGAAGUGUUACUCAGAGCCUACCUGCUGCUGGGUCAGGUAGCCCACAUGAGGAGCCUCAGAAAACACCAUCUGUCACCACUGCUGCUGUAGGUACUUCUUCCACUAAUGCUACUAAAGCUUCCAACAGCCAAUAUGAGAAAAAGAAAAGCACCUCUGAGACCCAACAAUCCACCGAGAAUUCAUGCAGAGGCCUUCUGAAUAGAAAGGCUCUGUUGUUGGAGCAGUUCCUGCUCUAUAAGUAUAAAAUGAAACAGCGCAUUAAGAAGGAAGACAUGUUGAAGGUUAUCAACCCAAAGUAUGAAGACCAGUUUGCUGAGAUCUUCAAGAAAGCCUCUCAGCACAUUGAAGAAACCUUUGCAGUUGAAGUGAAAGAAAUAGACUCAACCAGUCACUUAUAUGAUCUUGUCAGCAAGCUGAAACUCCCCAACAAUGGGAGGGUGCGUGCUGGCAGGGGAUUACCGAAGACUGGUCUCCUGAUGAAUAUCCUAGGUAUGAUCUUCAUGAGGGGCAACUGUGCUAGUGAGGAAGACAUCUGGAAAUUUUUAAAUAUGAUGAAUGUAUAUGCUGGGAGGAAGCACUUCAUCUUUGGAGAGCCCAGGAAGCUCAUCACUCAAGAUUUGGUUAGGCUCAAGUAUCUGGUGUACCAACAAGUCCCCAACAGUGAUCCUGCAUGCUAUGAAUUCCUGUGGGGCCCAAGAGCCCAUGAAGAAACGAGCAAGAUGAAAGUCCUGGAGUUUUUGGCCAAGAUCCAUGGUACUGUCCCUACUUACUUCCCCUCCCAGUAUGAAGAAGCUUUGCAAGAUGAGGAAGAGAGCCCAAGCCAGAAAUGCAGUCAACCCCGGCACUACUGCCCAGAGUGUAGUUUUCAGGGUCAGGGCCAAAUGCCCAGCAUAUUCUUCCACCAGUUAUUGAAGUCUAAGGUCUUAUUAAAGGAAGCUCAUUUUACUGAGGAAGAACCUAAGACUCAAGAAGCUCAAGAAAUUUCCUCAAGAUCACAUAGCCAGGAGGCAACAAAGAACAGUACAAAUUUGUGUCGUUUGAGGAAGUUAUUCUUAGCCAAAGGGUUUUUGCCCAGUUUAUUCAGUAAAUGUUUUUCUCCAGUUUUAGUGACCAGUGGAUAUGAUGUCACUCAGAGACAUGACAUCAGUGCUUUGUAUGGACAACAGUGCCCAGAAGAAUUUUCUGAAGUGUCAGAAUGA